CUUAACUGUUUUCUCUCUUUGUGUUUUACAGGAAACAGAAAUAAAGAUGGAAAUUGUUGAACAGACUGUGACAGCAGUGAGUGAUUCGGACCAGAAGGAUCUGGAAAGGAAGCGGCGGAGGGAUCUGUACAAAGAGAAGCGGUUCUUCUGCGAGCUGUGUAACAAAGGUUUCCACCAGCAGCACCAGCUGAAGAAGCACGGCGCAUGCCACCUGAAGCCGUUCCCCUGCAGCGCCUGUGAUAAAGGUUUCUACAAAGCCAGCAGCCUGCAGCGCCACCAGCGCAGCCACGCGCUACAGGCAGCGCAGGCCAGCGACCCCGACAGGAUGCUCCGCUGCGAGUGCUGCGGCAAGAAGUUCCGGCAGGCGCGCCAGCUCCGAGCGCACCAGGCCUCGCACCGGCUGCAGGACACGCCGCUGCAGUGCAACAUCUGCCAGCGCAGCUACAGCUCGGCCGCCGCACUGCGCUACCACCAAGUCUCACACGCUCAGGUGAAGCCCUUCUCAUGUGAUGUCUGUGGGAAAGGCUUCACCAGGAAGAAGAGUCUACGUGAACACACAACGGUGCACACGGGCGCUCGGCCGUACCCCUGCACCGCCUGCGGGAAACGCUUCUCCACCGCCAGCAACCUGCGCGUGCACAAGCGCUCGCACUCGGACGAGCGUCCGUUCCCGUGCAGCGAGUGUGACAAAGCCUUCAAGAGUAAGAUGGGGCUGCUACAGCACCGCGUGGUCCACUCGGGGGAGAAGCCCUUCAUGUGUCAGACCUGCGGCCUCAGCUUCGGACUCAAGUACAACUUCCAGAGACACCUGCGGCUACACAGCGGGGAGAAACCUCUCAGGUGUGCUAAGUGUGGCGAGGGCUUCUCUGGGACGUGGGCUCUGAAGAAGCACAUGCUGGUCCACGGCGUGGAGAAACCCUUCAUGUGCGACCUGUGUGGGAAGACCUUCUUCUACAACUGCCAGCUGCAGAAGCACCAGACGCUGGUGCACGCCGCCCGGGAGCGCCCAGCGGUGGCGGGCGGCGCGGGCACGGCCCGGCGGCGCCGUGCGAGCGGCGGGAAGCCUCUGAGCUGCGGCGUGUGUCUGAAGAGCUUCAGCAGCAGCAGCACGCUGCGGACGCAUCAGAAGAUCCACGCAGACAACAAGGAGUUCAGCUGCGAGCGCUGCGGGAAGGCCUUCCACCUGCGCCACCUCUUCCUGUACCACCUGCGCACGCACAGCGGCGAGCGGCCGCACGCCUGCACCGUGUGCAGCAAGGGCUUCCUGCUGGCCUCGCAGCUGAAGCAGCACGCCAUGCUGCACACCGGGGAGAAGCCGCACAAGUGCCCGACCUGCGGCAAAGCCUUCCGCACGCCGCAGAAUUACCACCGCCACCGGCUGGUGCACACCGGAGAGAAACCCUACGAGUGCGCCAUGUGCAGCAGGAAGUUCCGCCAGUCCAACCAGCUGAAGUCUCACAUGCAGAUCCACACGGGCGUCAAGCUGUACGCCUGCCAGCGCUGCGGCGGAGGCUUCUCCGACUCGCGCCAGCUGAAGAAACAUCGCUGUGGAGACGAGAGCCAGACAGACGCAAAGCAGACUAACGUCUUCCAGUGGAGCGAUGGCUUCACGCAGCAAUAACACACGCUGCGUUAGCCUAGCUUAGCAUAAAGACUGGUAACAGUGGAGCGAUGGCUUCACACAGCAAUAACACACGCUGCGUUAGCCUAGCUUAGCAUAAAGACUGGUAACAGUGGGUCGAUGGCUUCACACAGCAA